AGCGUUUCGCGGCCGUGAUCAUGCGUAUCCGAGAGCCCAAGACGACCGCUUUGAUCUUCGCUUCAGGCAAGAUGGUGGUGACUGGUGCCAAGUCGGAGGAUGACUCCAAGCUGGCAUCCCGGAAAUACGCGCGUAUUAUCCAGAAGCUUGGCUUCAAUGCCAAGUUCACGGAUUUCAAGAUCCAGAACAUCGUGGGCUCCUGUGACAUUAAGUUCCCCAUACGUCUGGAGGGUCUGGCCAGCCGCCAUCACAACUUCAGCUCCUACGAGCCUGAGUUGUUCCCCGGUCUUAUCUACCGUAUGAUGAAGCCGAAGAUCGUGCUUCUCAUCUUCGUCAGUGGCAAGAUUGUCCUCACCGGUGCCAAGGUCCGUGAGGAAAUCUACCAGGCGUUCGAACUGAUCUAUCCUGUGCUUUCGGAUUUCCGUAAAGUCUAGAGAGCAUCACGCUCGACAGGAGGAUCUCGACUUCAUGUCUCCACCUUCAACAACUUGUAUUAACACGGCUUUUUUUUCCCUUGCACUGGCCCGCGAGGUUGUACUA